CGGCAGCGGCAGCCGCCGGGAGAGGAGGAAGAGGAGGAGGAGGAGGAAGGGAGAGAUUAGCGCGGUGCCGGCUGGCGCAGAGGCGCGGCUGAGCGCUCCAGCGGGAGCCGGGGCCCUGCGGACCGUGCGAGAGGCACAGGCGGAAGGAGCGGAGAUGCGGCCGCUCUCCCUGCGCUGCUGAAGCUCCCAGUCACUAGCCCGGAGGAGGGAGGCCGGGAAGGUCCGUCCUUCUCGCUGCUCUGCGGCCGCAAAGGGUGCCUGUGCAGUCCCCUCCUCUCGCUUUUAUCCCAGCCCCGGAGCAGGAGCCGCCGCCGCCCCCUAUCCCUUCCUGCGCUCUUCCCACCAUGAGCGGGGCUGUUUUCACCUUAUAAAGAUGGCGGUGUGGGAUCGCUGCAACCUUUAGACUAAUGACUGUCAGAAACAUCGCCUCCAUCUGUAAUAUGGGCACCAAUGCCUCUGCUCUGGAAAAAGAUAUUGGCCCAGAGCAGUUUCCAAUCAAUGAACACUACUUUGGAUUGGUCAAUUUUGGGAACACCUGCUACUGUAACUCCGUGCUGCAGGCAUUGUAUUUUUGCCGGCCAUUUCGGGAAAAUGUAUUAUCAUACAAGGCCCAACAGAAAAAGAAGGAAAACCUCCUGACAUGCCUGGCAGAUCUUUUCCACAGUAUUGCUACUCAGAAGAAAAAAGUUGGAGUUAUUCCACCAAAGAAGUUCAUAUCAAGGUUACGAAAAGAGAAUGAUCUCUUUGACAACUACAUGCAGCAGGAUGCACAUGAGUUUUUAAAUUACCUGCUCAACACCAUUGCAGACAUUUUGCAGGAGGAGAAGAAACAGGAAAAGCAAAAUGGGAAACUGAAAAAUGGCAACAUGAAUGAAGCUGAAGAGAACAAUAAACAGGAACUCACCUGGGUGCAUGAGAUUUUUCAGGGAACACUGACUAACGAAACUAGAUGUUUGAACUGUGAAACCGUUAGUAGCAAAGAUGAAGAUUUUCUUGACCUUUCUGUUGAUGUGGAGCAGAACACAUCGAUUACACACUGUCUAAGAGACUUCAGUAACACAGAGACACUAUGUAGUGAACAGAAAUACUACUGUGAAACUUGCUGCAGUAAACAAGAGGCACAGAAGAGGAUGAGAGUUAAAAAGCUGCCAAUGAUUCUUGCCUUACACCUCAAGAGAUUCAAGUACAUGGAGCAACUGCACAGGUAUACGAAGCUGUCUUACCGGGUAGUGUUUCCUCUGGAGUUACGUCUCUUCAACACAUCUGGCGACGCCGUCAACUUAGAUCGGAUGUACGACUUGGUAGCUGUUGUUGUCCACUGUGGAAGUGGACCGAAUCGGGGCCAUUACAUUACUAUUGUGAAAAGUCAUGGAUUUUGGCUCUUGUUUGAUGAUGACAUUGUAGAGAAAAUAGAUGCUCAAGCUAUUGAAGAAUUCUAUGGUCUGACCUCUGAUAUAUCAAAAAAUUCAGAGUCUGGCUAUAUUUUAUUCUAUCAGUCAAGAGAGUGACUUGGCAAACUGUGAUAAUUUCGCAUAAGAAUGCUGCAAGCGAAAGAAGGUGAUGGCUCCCCUGAACUGACUUUUACGCAGACCACAUCUCGGAUGGUUGAACAACAAUACACUCCUGUUCUAUGGUCUAUGUGAUGUUGAC